GUAAUUUUACAUACAUUUGUAUGUAAUAUAAGUAAACAAAAUACAGUAAAUAAAAAUACAGUAAUUUUUCUGUAUAAAAAAUGUGAAUUACUGUAAUUUGUCAAUCAUUUUUAUUCUGUCUGUGCAGAGUUAUAAAUGGAAGGUCUUAUUGAAUUUCACAGUAAAUUUUAAAAAGCAGCCAAAUAGAGCAUGGGAAAUGAAAGUGGGCUGCCUACAUAAAACCUGCAUGGGCCCAAAGGUGCAAAGGUUGCUUUGGGCCCUCAUCCUCACUGGGCCAACACAGGUAGCAGUUCGCUAGUGUGGGCUGCUCACAGAGAGCCCGCAGUGAGCCCAAAGCUGUGGGCCUCGCCUGGGUAAGCCUGCACUGGGCCUGUUUAGGUUUGGUGUGGGCUGGCCCUAGCCCACUGUGCCCGCAAAAAGCCAGCAUGGGCCCCACAGGGCCAUGUUUGCAGAGUUUUGUAUGGACAAUACAAAGGUUAGUUUAUUUUGGCAUGUUCAUAUCGGAUGAAUACUGGGAGAUCGCAAACUGCAUCAUCUUCCUCAUACUAUCAGAGGAGCGGUGACGGAGUGGACAAGAUUUUUGCUUCUUCAUUUUUCCUCUUCUUAAAGGUGACAUACGGGUCAUUAAAAAAAAAGAAACUGUUUAAAAUGGAAUGAUUGGCUAUUGCAAUGGAUUGUGAACAUAAACCGUGGCGUUGGUGAGAUAAUUAUCCCAGGACCUGCAAUAUCAGCUCUGAGAUCUUCAAGCUCAACAAAACUUCUCUUUCAUUCAUUGCAUCAUUGUGAAGAAACAUCUUGAAGAAUGAGAAGCCUGAUGUUUCUGCUGGUCCUGGUGCUCUUCUGCUCUCUGCAGAUGACUUCAAGCGCUCCAUUACAAGUUAAUGUGGCUGAAAACUGCUGUAUAGAGUUCAGUAAAGUGAAGAUUCCUGUGAGACAGGUGAAGUCUUACUACUGGACCAGCAAAUGCAAACAGGCUAUUGUGUUUCAGAUGAUUUCAGGGAGAGAGAUCUGUGUAGAUCCAGAGACCACCUGGGCGAGUGGAUAUGUUGCUAUAGUGGACAAGAGAACAACAUCUGUGCCAGCUGACCCUUCUGUUUCCAUGGACUCAGAUCCCAUUGAAGUGGCAGCCCUGGGAAGGCCUCUGUUCCCUGGUAUGCUUUAUGAUUGCCGUAAGGAUUCCUUCAUUCCAGGUGUUACUCUGUGGGAUAAGAAAUCAUUGAGUGAAAAUUUGGACACCCGUCCACAGCCCCAUACAGAUUGGAAGUUCACUAGCGAGGACUCUCUCUCUAGUAAGUCCUUUCUUAUGGAUGUUAGUGCUUCACUGAAGGCCAGUUUCUUGGGGGGGCUGGUGGAGGUGGAAGGAUCUGCCAAGUACCUGCAUGACACCAAAUCCUCAAACCAUCAGUCCAGAGUUACAAUGCAUUACCGUGAGACCACAAGAUUUGAACAGCUCACUAUGAAACACCUGGGCAACAUCAUCUACCCUCAGGUAUUUGACCAGAAAACUGCAACUCAUGUGGUCACAGCUGUGCUGUACGGAGCACAGGCUGUCAUGUUGUUUGAUCAGACAUUUUCAGAGAAUGACAAUGAGACGAAGAUUGGUGGAGAACUGAAUGUCAUGGUCAACAAUAUUCCUAAAUUUUCUAUUGGGGGAAAAGGAUCUGUAAACAUGACAGAAAGUGAUAAGAAAAAAGCUGAGCAUAUCGCCUGCACAUUUCAUGGUGAUGUUCGUCUUAAGAAUAACCCCACCACAUACAUGGAGGCCCUGGAAACAUGCAAGCUGCUCCCCACUCUGCUGAAGGAGAAUCCACAGAGUGCAGUUCCAGUAAAAGUCUGGCUCUAUCCUCUUCAUCGACUGAAUACAAAAGCAGCUCAGUUAGUGAGAGAAAUCAGCACAAAUCUGGUUUCCAACACUGAAGAUAUAAUGGAGGCACUGGAGAAGACUAAGAGGACAUGCAAUGACCUCCUCAGAAAUACUCUGGUAAAUGUUUUCAGUGACCUCAAAAAGAGGCUUCUGUCAUUUCACAAAUCAUUGAGCAAUUACAAGACAAUGCUUCAGGAAGCUGUCAGAAGGGUCUUGCCUGCUAUUCGAGGAGAAGAAACAACAAAGGAGAAGUCACUAGAAGACAUCUUGAAGAUUCACUAUGACUCUGAUUUUAAUGCUGACAAGCUUAACCAGUGGUUAGCGGAUGCAAAAUCUGAACUUUCCAUUUUGAGUUUUCAAACCAUGACACUAGAUAAUACAAAAAUUAAAAACUCAAAUGACCUCAACAACAUCCUACUUAAUCCUGAUAUUGAUGCUGUGGUGUGCUUGACCUUCACAUCUCUGAACUAUGAAGAUCAGUAUCUUUCAGCGCUGAAGGAGUUUCUGAAAUCUGACAAGUUUAAAGACGUUGAUGAGAAUAAGAUCUUGUUUUCAGUGGCAUCUGUCAGAAAGUGGUUCACUGAUCCUGAUGUCAUUAAAAUGAUGAGAGAUAACUUAUCUCUCUUCAGAGAUUUUUCAGAGGCCAAUAAAGAUGAAAACAGAAUUCGCUUCGUUAUUUCUGCCAUCUCCAAUGCCAAUAUUAAUGGCUCCUCCAUCUAUUUGUAUGAAAAAGGGAAACUGACAGAUACACAGUUCCAGCCCGUGUCCAAACCUCCCCCACCAAUAGUGAAGGUUGCCCUGAACAACACCGUGUACCUGAAACUGCAGAAAUCCCCAACUGGAAAAACAGUGAGUUACAGAGUGGAGUACAAGCAAGUAAAAGCAGAUUCUGGAGCUGAGUGGCUUGUCACAAACACAACUGAUGAAGACUAUAUUCUGACUGGAUUGGAGUCUAGAAUUCAGUACUUGAUCCGCUACAGGAUAGUGGGUAAAGUGGGAGUGAGUGAAGCCAGUGACACUGUCAGGCCCAUACCUUAAAACAUAUCUAUUUAUUAAUAUGUAUUUUGGAUAAUGUGGCUAUAUGUGGCCUUAUGUGUUUGCAAUGUGUGUAUGUGGGUGUGCAAAUGUAUUGUAAUGUACAAUGUAAAGCGACCUUGAGCUACGGAAAGGCGCUAUAUAAAUAAAACUUCUUCUUAUACCAUUCUCA